CCCUGGACCUUUUGCCACCCGCGUGCUCGCCGCUCUCCAACACCUGUUCGAUGAAGGAAGCCUCAUCCGACCCCGAUAUAGCUUCCAAACGCUUUGAUGCUCAGCCCGUAGCGAAUGGACUCUCCGACCAGCCGGAUACCGAGCUCCGUGACUUGUCUGCCUCUGCCGCAACAUCUCCAAACAACCUCCAGACACCCGACACUCGCAAUGCCGGCGCCGUGUCUCCCCUCAGCAACGAUGCUCCCUUCAUCGUCAACAAGAUCCCCGACAAGGACUUCCUCAAGUCGUCGCUCAAGCCCAAGAAGCGCUCGACAGCGCCAACCGCGCAGGAUGAGAGGCCGGGGUCUUUCGUAGGAACCAAGGAGGCCCACGAAAGCACCCUUGCCCCCGAAACCACCAAUUCCGACGACGGAAUCGAGAAUGAACAAGACGGCCAGAAGAAGCGCACCUUUGUCCAAGAGUUUCGUAGAUCCUUCUGGCUCGUCAUGACCCACAGCUGGUUCAAUGUCCUGCUCGUAUUCGUGCCCCUGGGCAUCAUUCUCGCCAACAUCAAUGGCAUUAAUAGCGGCAUCGUCUUCGCCAUGAACUGUAUUGCCGUGAUUCCCCUCGCUGGCCUGCUCGCUUUCGCGACCGAGUCGGUGGCCAGUAAGAUGGGCGACGCGCUUGGCGCUCUGCUCAACGUGACGUUUGGCAAUGCCGUGGAAUUGAUCAUCUUCAUCAUUGCCCUGGUCAAGAAUGAGAUCCGUAUCGUCCAGGCAUCUCUGCUGGGCUCCAUUCUUGCCAACCUGCUCCUCAUUCUGGGAAUGGGCUUUUUCCUCGGUGGUUUGCGCUUCCGAGAGCAAACGGCUUUCCACGCAUCAUUCAACGAUGCAAGCUUGGCGGACCGCCAGUCACUCAAGAUCAGCCGCGGUACCAGUGUUCUUAAAUCCCACGCAUACCUCUAUGAGUCGACUCCUCAGAAUAUUGUCGACGCCGAGUCAGUUCCAGGCCCUGCCGCUGCAUGGCUGGAUGCUUCAAGCUCGGAGUCUAGCUCUGAUUCCAGCUCUGAUUCCGAUGACUCCAGCCACUCCCGGGACACUGUCCGCCGUGCGAUGAGAAAGGUUCUCCGCCAUGGACGCAGAAGAAAGUCGUCUGUUGCUUCCGUGGAAACUAGCGAGCUUCCCACCAGGACUUCGUCUUUCGGAACCAAUGCCACUAGCCCUCAGGAAGAGUCUUCUGAAACAUCUUCGCGCCCUCAAUUCCCUAGGCUUUCUUCAACUGAUACCAAUGAGGAGGUUAUCGAAGAUGACGAGAGGUCCCAUCGCAAGCACAGAAGACCCAGCCUUCGCCACCUGCGCAAAAAGAGCAAGAAGCAGCGUCGUCACCACCAGCGUGACGCCGAGGGAGAUGCCCAACAGACGAUUACCGAACAGCCUGAUCAGAGCUCGCAUGGAAAUGGAGAACCUCGCCGUGUCGACUUUGCUAUUCCCAACGACGCAGAAGCUACCAACAGUGGCAACGAAGCUGGCAAUGGAUCCAAGCGACCGACGUUCCCUGCUCUGCGCUCUGUGUCUGUGAAGAAUUUGGCGCCCACCGUCUUCGUACAGAAGCCCGGGUUGGAUCCCGUCUCUGCGGUUCCCGCUGGUCCGGUGCCUCGUGUUCGCUACGGUGUCCGACGAACCAACUCUCUUCCUGACAGGCUGAACCACCAGCUUCGACCUCCCGGUGCUAUGCUGCCGGCUCAGGUGCCAUUGGCUGCUGUGAGCCGCUCACUGAGCGGAAUCAAAGAAGAAGAGGAGGAGGAGCACCUUACCCAAUCGGCUGCAAUCAUCCUUUUGCUUGUCACCACUGGCCUUGUCGCAGCGUGUGCCGAGUUUCUCAUUGGUUCCAUCGAAGACGUGGUUGCUACGUCAAGUGUCGGCGAAGUCUUUAUCGGUCUGAUUGUCCUACCCAUUGUCGGUAACGCAGCCGAGCACGUCACAUCCGUCACCGUCGCAAUGAAGAACAAGAUGGAUCUGGCCAUCGGUGUCGCCAUUGGCAGCUCCAUCCAGAUUGCCAUCUUUGUCACUCCCCUGGUCGUUAUCCUCGGCUGGAUCAUGGACAAGCCGAUGACGUUGUAUUUCACCCUGUUUGAGACGGUUUGUCUCUUUGUGUCAACGUUUAUGGUCAACUUUCUUGUUUUGGACGGCCGCAGUAACUACCUUGAAGGCGCUCUGCUGUGUGCAGUCUACUGCAUCAUUGCUGUUGUGGCCUACUUUUACCCGUCUGGCGCGGAUGCCAGCGCGUGGGGGAGCUAGUCGACUAUAAACGCCGGCUAGCCAGUCCUUUUACAUGCCUAGGAGGCUCUCUUUCUGAACAAGUACUGUGGGCUUUUAUGUCGAAACGUAUAAUGAACGGAAAACCAUUAGUGAGAUGGUUGCGAGAGUGACCUAGGGAAUGAAUAAUGUGAGCUUGGUAACGAGCAUGUCGACUAGUAUUAGUUUAUGCAGAUGUCUGUACACGCUGAAAUAUUUGGAAUAUAAUUGGUUCACAUGAUUAGACAUGGGAUUUUUGGGUAAAGUAAAUAAUAUGCGUAUCUUACGCAACGUAAUACGCGGUAAAAGGAUGAGAUUUGGCAGCAGAACUAGUCACUAUUUGAGUAGAGAAACAGGUUAUUUCUUAUUCAUCAAA